ACUCAUCUCUUACUUGUUCCUCUAUCUUCAUCUUCUUCGCCGUCUUCUCCAUCUUCUUAACGGGAACGGUUUCUGAUCUCUAUGGAAGGUUCAGCUGAUCAAACCACGCAAGCAAUUUCGAAACUAUCCAUGGACUCUACCACCUCCUCGACCGCUGAUGGAGCUGGAGCUCCGAGUAAAAAUGCUCUGAAGAAGGAACUGAAGAUGAAGCAGAGAGAGGAAGAGCGGAGACGCAAGGAAGAAGAAAAGGCCAAACAAGCUCCCAAGGCAACCUCACAGAAGGCUGUGGCAGCAGAUGAUGAGGAUAUGGAUCCAACGCAAUACUUUGAGAACAGAUUGAAAUACCUUGCGGCUGAGAAGGCUAAGGGGGAGAAUCCAUACCCUCACAAGUUUGCUGUGACAAUGUCUAUUCCUGAGUAUAUUGAGAAGUACGGUGGUUUGAACAAUGGUGAUCAUGUUGAAGACGCUCAAGUUUCUCUAGCUGGGAGGAUUAUGAGCAAGAGAUCUUCCUCUUCCAAGCUCUUCUUCUAUGAUCUGCAUGGUGAGGAUUUCAAGGUCCAAGUUAUGGCUGAUGCAAGCAAGUCAGGAUUGGAUGAAGCUGAGUUUUCGAAGCUCCAUGCGAAUACUAAGCGUGGUGAUAUUGUUGGUGUCACUGGGUUUCCAGGGAAGACUAAGAGAGGAGAGUUGAGUAUUUUCCCCCGAUCGUUUAUUCUUCUGUCUCAUUGCCUCCACAUGAUGCCGAGGAAAGCUGAGAAUGUUAAUGCAAAGAAACCUGAAAACUGGAUUCCAGGUGAACCAAGAAAUCCUGAAGCAUAUGUUCUGAAAGAUCAGGAAUCUCGAUAUCGCCAGCGUUAUCUUGAUCUGAUGUUGAACGUGGAGGUUCGCCAGAUAUUCAAAACCAGAGCUAAUAUCAUUUCCUACGUCCGCAGAUUCCUUGACAAUCAAAGAUUCUUGGAGGUUGAGACGCCUAUGAUGAACAUGAUUGCUGGAGGAGCAGCUGCCCGACCAUUCGUGACACACCACAACGAUCUAGACAUGAGGCUGUACAUGCGUAUCGCACCCGAACUCUUUCUGAAGCAACUUAUUGUCGGUGGCUUGGAGCGUGUGUACGAGAUUGGAAAGCAGUUCAGAAACGAGGGUAUUGACCUGACCCACAACCCGGAGUUCACCACUUGCGAGUUCUAUAUGGCUUUCGCUGACUACAACGACCUCAUGAAAAUGACUGAGGAUAUGUUGAGUGGCAUGGUCAAAGAGUUGACAGGCGGUUACAAGAUCAAGUAUCAUGCUAAUGGGUAUGACAAGGAGCCAAUCGAAAUCGACUUCACUCCUCCGUUCAGGAGGAUUGAGAUGAUAGGAGAGUUGGAGAAGGUGGCUAACCUUAAUAUACCAAAAGACUUGGCUAGUGAAGAGGCCAACAAGUAUCUGAUUGAUGCGUGUGCCAAGUUCGACGUGAAAUGCCCACCUCCUCAGACAACAGCUCGUCUGCUAGAUAAACUUGUUGGAGAAUUUCUGGAAGUGUCCUGUGUGAACCCGACUUUCAUCAUCAACCAUCCCGAGAUCAUGUCUCCCUUGGCAAAAUGGCAUAGAUCAAACAAUGUUCUCACCGAGAGAUUCGAGCUCUUUAUCAACAAACAUGAACUCUGCAACGCCUACACCGAGUUGAACGACCCUGUGGUCCAGCGUCAAAGGUUUGCUGAUCAGCUCAAAGAUAGGCAGUCUGGAGACGAUGAGGCGAUGGCUUUAGAUGAAACUUUCUGCAGUGCUUUGGAAUAUGGAUUAGCUCCUACGGGUGGUUGGGGGUUGGGUAUUGACAGACUUGCCAUGCUGUUCACUGACUCGCAGAACAUCAAGGAAGUUAUUCUCUUCCCGGCAAUGAGGCCACAAGAUGAUCCAGCAGCCGCUAAAGCUUCUUUGCAAGCAGGGAACAAAGGAGAGUAGAGCACAGUUUUCAUCUCUUUUUGCCUCUAAAGCCUUUAAAGUUUGGUAGUCAAAUUGCUAUGAUGCAACAAACUCUUCUCAAAUUACUUUUAAUUGCGAUGUAUGAACGACCAUAUUCUCUACAAACAAAACAAGUUACUAGCAAAAACCUUUCUAUUGCAUUUUGGAAAAUCGUUUACCGUUUA